AUGUCUGACAAGGUUGCUGCUAGAUCCAAGUUCUUGUCUGUUUUCUCAGACCUCGUCCAAGAAUUGCAAGACGUCCUCAAGGGCUACGGAAUCGCCGCCGAUGCCAUUGCGUGGUUCACCAGAAACUUGGAGUACAACACCCCUGGUGGGAAGUUGAACAGAGGGAUUUCUGUCGUCGACACUUACGUCAUCUUGAAAGGGUACAAAUCAUUCAACGAAUUGUCGGUCGAAGAGUACAAGAAGGUCGCGAUCUUGGGGUGGUGUAUUGAAUUGCUCCAAGCUUACUUUCUCGUUGCUGAUGACAUGAUGGACGCUUCGAUCACCAGAAGGGGCCAACCAUGUUGGUACCGUGUUGAAGGGGUCAAGGAUAUUGCCAUCAACGAUGCUUUUAUGUUGGAAGGGGCCAUUUACAUCUUGUUGAAGAAAUACUUCCGUAACGACGCCUACUAUGUCGAUUUGAUGGAUUUGUUCCAUGAAGUCACUUUCCAAACCGAAUGUGGUCAAUUGUUGGAUUUGAUCACCGCCCCAGAAGAUCACGUUGAUUUGGACAAGUUCUCUUUGGAAAAACACUCGUUUAUUGUGAUUUUCAAGACCGCAUACUACAGUUUCUACUUGCCAGUGGCCUUGGCGAUGUUUAUGGCCGGGAUCACCGAUGCUAAGGACUUGAAGCAGGCUGAAGAUGUGUUAAUCCCAUUGGGUGAAUACUUCCAAAUCCAAGACGAUUAUUUGGAUUGUUUCGGUAAGCCAGAAGACAUUGGUAAGAUCGGUACCGAUAUCCAGGACAACAAGUGUUCAUGGGUCGUCAACACCGCUUUGAAAUUGGCUACCCCAGAACAAAGAGCCUCAUUGGAUGAAAACUACGGUAGAAAAGACUCUGCUAAAGAAGCUACCGUCAAGGCCAUGUUCAACGAAAUGGGGAUCGACAAGAUUUAUCACGAUUACGAAGAACAAGUUGUUGGACAACUCAAGGAAAAGAUUGCCAAAAUCGACGAAACUAGAGGUUUCAAAGGUGAAGUCUUGACCGCGUUCCUCAACAAGGUUUACAAACGUACCAAAUAG